AUGCGGUUUUACCAAUUUAACUCGUUCACCGGCAGGCUGAAGCCGUCCACCAGUUUUCAGCCGCUGUAUCCCAUCUCUCCUCUUCCUUUACAGAAGACAGAGCCAGUGAUGAUUUACGACAGCAUCAAGACAAAACCUGUAACAGUUACACCUGCGGCAAGCUAUUGUACUGAAAAACCACGCACCCUUGACCCAAAAAUGUGGGCGAAGUUCAAGCACUAUGCGGCUACGAUAGACAAACCAGUAUAUUUGGCUGGUGGCAAAAAGGAUAAGAUGCUAUUCCUGUUCACAGUUGGAUACGUUGGUGUGUGUACAUUACAAUCGCUUGUGUUUAUUGCAAAAGAAUGCUUGAAUAUUAUCUAA